AAGAGAGGGAAAAGAGAGACGAGUGCAGCGGAUCAAAAAUGCACGGAAAGAGUGCAUGCAGUACGAGUGAGUGGGUUGUAUUUGUUUGAAUGUGUUCGUUCUUGUUUUUUUUCUGUGUCCGUCGUUCCUUGCCCCGUUGCACCAAAAAGAGUAUACCCUGGUCUUGUGCACGACUGCAACGCAGCCAAACAACCAAACAACCAAGCAACCAUAUAACCGCCUGUAACCAAGCAGCCAAGGAAAGCACUCUGCCCACAAGCGGAUCUCAGUCCACUAUACUAUGGCACUGUAGCCCAAGUCUAACGAGCACCCAUGUCAUCCCUUCUUCCCUGCGUCUUGGGGCUUUUGCCGAGAAUUCCUAGCGCCUUGGGCUUUUGCAGAGAAUCCUUCCUUGAGCGCACUACAGUACACCACCCUAAUUGAGUUUCGUUUCCCCCACUGAGCCCAUUGCACCCCACCACUCAGCCCAUCCUGAAUCGCUGCC